AAGGACGUUCUUUGUUUGAAUUUGUGUAAAUUAUGUGAAACCAUACAAAGUGUUUGCGUGCGUUUGUGUUUCUUUGUUGGGCGUUCUGAUAACUGCACUAAGAUGUUCUGCUGACUGUUGUUCUGAUAACAGACUCUCUGUGCAAGAAGUCAUUGUAGUGUUUUAAAUUUCUCAACUCGAAAACAAAAACAAUAGAGAAAAAGCAAUUGUGAAAAAUAUUAUCAAAAUCCAAACUUUUGACAGUUGAACAAAGAUCUUGGAUUACAGAAAAGUGUCAAUCAUGGAUUCGCACAGGCCAUUGGUGAGAAUCGAUGAAUCCAGCUGAGCUCAACUACCAACCUGUGGCAACGUUCGAGAAUUACGAGAGCAGUCGCGCAAACUACAAGAUGGAGAAAGGUGCCCCCACGCGGCAGUUUAUAGCGGGUGUUGUUGUCAACCUCGCCUCGGUGGCCCUCGGAACAUGCUUGGGAUGGACAUCCCCCAUGGGCCCAGUUUACUCGUCCAACGACACCAGUGUCAAUCCUUUGGACGUUAUUCCCGACACCGGCGAAAAGUCCUGGAUCGGAUCCCUCGUGGCUAUGGGAGCGCUCAUCGCUCCCUUCAUCGCUGGUCCCUGCGCUGAAAAGUUUGGCCGCAAGCUAACCCUCCUGGGCAGUUCGGUAUUUUUUGUCGUGAGUUGGGUGCUGCUGUUGACCACAUCGACCGUUGGUCAGCUACUCGCCGCCCGGUUAAUCCAGGGUUUCGGAGUUGGCUUUGUCAUGACCGUGCAGACGAUGUACAUUGGGGAGAUCGCCAGCAAUGAGUACCGGGGCGCGCUCGGAUCGCUGAUGCAGCUGUGCAUUGUCAGUGGAAUCCUGUACGUGUACGCCAUAGGUCCGUACGUGAGUUGGGCAGGGUUGCAGUGGGCUUGCUUGGCUCUGCCGGUCAUUUUUGCGGGGACGUUCUUCUUCAUGCCGGAAACCCCCACGUAUUACCUAACCAAGAGUCGCCGCGAUGAUGCCAUUGCUUCACUUCAGUGGUUACGUGGCAAAACGGCCGAAGGUGUACAAAAAGAACUGGAAGAAACAUCGGCGUCGGUUGAUGAAGCCAUGAAGAAUAAAGCAGGUGUCAUGGAUCUUUUCAAGACCAAAGGAACUACAAAGGCGUUGAUCAUUUGCGCGGGCUUGAUCAGCUUCCAGCAGCUGUCCGGAAUCAACGUGAUCCUGUUCUACAGUCAGACUAUCUUUGCCAAAACCGGAAGCACCAUGUCUCCGGCCAUUUCGACAAUCCUGGUCGGCAUCGUUCAGGUUUUGGCAAGUGGCGCUACCCCACUCAUCGUUGACCGGCUGGGUCGCAAGCCGAUCUUGUUGGUAUCCGCAGGCGGAAUGUGCUUGGCUCAUGCGACCAUGGGAUUGUAUUUUUACAUGGACUACAUAAAGUCGGACUCGGUUGACAGUAUCAGCUGGUUGCCAAUUUUCUCGCUGAUCUUCUUUGUGACGGUGUACUGCAUUGGGUUUGGACCACUUCCGUGGGCUGUCCUGGGUGAAAUGUUUCCGGCCAAUGUCAAGUCCGUUGCUUCGUCUAUCGUGGCGUCAACCUGUUGGGUUUUGGGCUUUUUGGUGCUGCAGUUCUUCUCGACGCUGGACGAGGCUGUUGGAUCGCACUGGUCGUUCUGGAUUUUUGGCAUCAUGUGUGCUAUAGCGUUUGCCUUCACCCUGACUCAGGUUAUGGAGACCAAAGGAAUGAGCUUGAACGAGAUCCAGGAAGCGCUCAAUAGAUAAAAUGGAAUCGUUUUGUGGGCCAUGUUGAGCGUGUAAAUGUUUGUGCUUUACUGUUAAACAAAGAAGGGUGUUUUUAUUAGUUACAGUAAAUUAGUUCCUCAAAUUGUAAAAAUCGAUAUAUGUUUUUGAUAAUUAAGAUUUUAUCACGCCGUUAAUCGCUAGAUAGGGAACCAAAGUUGUUGUGUUACUGUGGUCAAUAAAAAAGAUUAAAAAAACGG